AUGGCCAUCUCAUCACGCCUCGCCCUGUGGGAGCAGAAGAUUCGGGAAGAGGACAAGAGCCCUCCACCGUCCUCGCCCCCUCCCCUUUUCUCUGUCAUCCCAGGGGGCUUCAUUAAGCAACUGGUCCGGGAGACUGAAAAAGAGGCCAAGGAAGCGAGACAGAGGAAACAGUUAGCUCUCGCCUCUCCGGAACGAGAGACCCCAGAAAUUUCCAUCAGCGAACCCAACAGCAAGUCCAGCAGUGGCACCAGAUCUGGAAGCCAGCAGAUCUCUCAGGACAACCAGUCAAGCUCUCCUGGGAGCUCAGACAUUCUGAGCAAGGAGAGCGAGGGGGUCGGCAGCCCCGACCCUGAGCGGAUGACCAGCAUCAAUGGUGAGAAGGCCCAGGAGCUGGGCUCCAGUGCGACACCAGCCAAAAAGACCCUCCCCUUCAAGAGGGGCAUGAGGAGGGGUGAUGUGUUGUUGAUGGUGGCCAAGCUGGACCCGGACUCAGCCAAGCCAGAGAGGACUCAUCCCCAUGACACCCAGCCUUGCAAGACCCCUCCCCCAGCCACAGAUACUGGAAAGGAAAAGAAAGGGGAGACCUCUGGGGCUCCUUGUGGCCCCCAGGCCAGCACUGAGAUCUUGGCCCCGAAAGCUGAGAAGACCCGGACUGGGGGUCUUGGGGACACAGGUCAAGGAACUGUGGCACUGAAAAAAGGCGAGAAGGGUCAAAGCAUAGUGGGGAAGGGGGGUGGGACCCCCAAAACCAAAGAGCUGAAAGAGGCUGAGCCCCAGGGCAAAGACAGGCAGGGGACCAGGCCCCAAGCCCAAGGGCCCGGCGAGGGGGUGCGACCAGGGAAAGCAGAGAAGGAGGGAGGGGAGACCACAAGCCCGGUGGAAAAGGAGAAUAUCUCUAAGAAUGUAGGGAGUGAAGGGAAGCAUGUAGGGCCCCAAAUCCCUGGGAGAAAGUGGGGAAGUUUCCUGGGAAGAAGGAGUAAGUGGGAUGGUCCCCAGAAUAAGAAGGACAAAGAAGGGGUGCUCUUAAGUAAGGCAGAGAAGACAGGUGAGCCUCAGACCCAGACAGAGAAGAAAAACCAAAUGCAGGGUGAAUUGGGGGACAAUCUGAGAAUGGGGGAGAAAGCAGGUGAGCUUCGGAGCAUGACUGGGAAGGCAGGUGAGUCCUGGGAUAAGAAGGAAAAGAUAGGGCAACCCCAGGGUAAGUCCGGGAAGGCAGGCGAAGCUCGGAGUCAGACGGAGAAGGGCUGUGAAGCCCCAAAGGAGGUGAGCACGAUGGUGGAGUCACCAGUGGCUGCUGGGAAGGGAGGCUGGUCAGGAAGAAGUGGGCAGGAAGCAGAGCGGCCCUGCUCAAGAGAAGAUGUUGCGUCUGGUGCCCUGGAGACAGAGCUGGAAGGACCCAGCCAGCCUGCUCUGGAGAAGGAUGCAGAAAGGCCUCGGAUACAGAAGGAGAACCAAGAUGGGCUGGCCCCCCAGGAGGCGGGCAAAGGAGGCCAGAGCAGAAACUCAGAGCAGGCUCCUGAGGACAGAUGGUACGAGGCAGAGAAAGUCUGGCUGGCUCAGAAGGACGGAUUUACUCUUGCUACAGUGCUAAAGCCAGAUGAGGGAACAGCAGACCUGCCGGCAGGAAGGGUGAGACUUUGCAUUGAUGCUGACAAAAGUAUCACUGAGGUGGAUGAGGAACAUGUCCAUCGGGCCAACCCCCCUGAGCUGGACCAGGCCGAGGACCUGGCCUCUCUCAUCAGUAUCAACGAAUCCAGUGUCCUGAACACGCUUCUGCAGCGCUACAGGGCUCAGCGGCCGCACACCUGCACGGGACCUGAUCUGAUCGUCCUCCAGCCCCGGGGGCCCUCGGUGCCGUCUGCAGGGAAGGUGCCCAAGGGCCGCCGGGAUGGCCUGCCCGCCCACAUUGGCUCCAUGGCCCAGCGGGCAUACUGGGCGCUACUGAACCAGGGGAGAGACCAGAGUGUUGUGGCCCUGGGCCGGAGUGGGGCUGGGAAGACCGCCUGCUGUGAGCAGGUCCUGGAACACCUGGUGGGGAUGGCAGGCAGUGUGGAUGGCAAGGUCUCAGUGGAGAAGAUCCGAGCCACCUUCACUGUCCUCCGGGCCUUUGGCUCUGUGUCCAUGGCUCACAGCUGCAGCGCCACCCGGUUCUCCAUGGUGAUGUCGCUGGACUUCAAUGCUACCGGCCGCAUCACGGCUGCUCAGCUCCAGACAAUGCUUUUGGAGAAGAGCCGUGUGGCGCGGCAGCCGGAAGGGGAAAGUAACUUCCAGGUUUUCUCCCAGAUGCUGGCUGGAUUGGACUUGGAUCUCAGGACGGAGCUGAACCUGCACCAGAUGGCGGAUAGCAGCUCCUUUGGCAUGGGCGCGUGGUCCAAGCCUGAAGAUAAGCAGAAGGCGGCAGCUGCCUUUGCCCAGCUCCAGGGUGCCAUGGAGACGCUGGGCAUCUCAGAGAGCGAGCAGCGGGCCAUUUGGCGGGUCCUGGCAGCCAUCUACCACCUGGGCGCGGCGGGGGCCUGCAAAGUGGGCCGGAAGCAGUUCAUGAGGUUUGAGUGGGCAAACUAUGCAGCCGAGGCCCUCGGCUGCGAGUAUGAGGAGCUGAACACGGCCACCUUCAAGCACCACCUUCGACAGAUCAUCCAGCAAAUGACGUUUGGGCCAAGCCAAAGGGGCCUCGAGGACGAGGAAACCAGCUCAGGGCUCAAGAUGACAGGAGUGGAGUGUGUGGAGGGGAUGGCCUCGGGCCUGUACCAGGAGCUCUUUGCAGCCGUGGUCUCACUCAUCAACAGAUCCUUCUCCUCCCACCAUCUCUCCAUGGCCUCCAUCAUGGUGGUGGACUCUCCAGGCUUCCAGAACCCCCGGCACCAGGGCAAGGACCGGGCGGCCACCUUCGAGGAGCUGUGCCACAACUACGCCCAUGAGCGCCUGCAGCUGCUGUUCUACCAGCGGACCUUUGUCUCCACGCUGCAGCGAUACCGAGAGGAAGGUGUUCCGGUGCAGUUUGACCUCCCAGAGCCCUCCCCAGGGACCACUGUGGCUGCUGUGGAUCACAAUCCCUCUCAGGUCCGCUUACCAGCUGGAGGAGGUGCCCAGGAUGCCAAAGGCCUUUUCUGGGUCUUGGAUGAGGAAGUCCAUGUAGAGGGCUCCAGUGACAGUGUGGUGCUCGAGCGUCUGUGUGCUGCCUUUGAGAAGAAAGGAGCUGGGACUGAAGGGUCCUCUGCCCUGCGGACCUGUGAGCAGCCCCUCCAGUGUGAGAUUUUCCACCAGCUGGGAUGGGACCCUGUGCGGUACGACCUCACGGGCUGGCUCCACAGAGCCAAGCCCAACCUCUCAGCCCUGGAUGCACCCCAGGUCCUGCAACAGUCAAAAAGUGACACGUAUGAGAGCCAGACUAGCCCUGUCUGCCUUGCUCACCACCAGGUUCCCCUGGAGCAAGGCGGCAGGGCCCAGCUUAAUGUAAAUGUGGACGCACUGACCAGCAUGAUCAAAAGGUCCCGGCUGCACUUUAUCCACUGCCUGGUACUGAACCCUGUGGUGGAAAGCAGGAGUGAGCAGGAAUCUCCUACACCACCACAGCCUGGUAGAGACAAGCCUGGGGCAGGUGCACCUCUGGCCCUGGAUAUCCCAGCACUGAGGGUGCAGCUUGCUGGGUUCCACAUCCUGGAGGCUCUGCGUCUACACAGGACAGGCUAUGCUGACCACAUGGGGCUCACUCACUUCCGCCGGCAAUUCCAGGUGCUGGACCCUCCACUCCUGAAGAAGCUCAUGUCGACCUCCGAGGGAAUAGAUGAAAGGAAGGCCGUGGAAGAGCUCUUGGAGACCCUGGAUCUGGAAAAGAAGGCGGUGGCUCUGGGGCACAGCCAAGUUUUUCUCAAGGCAGGUGUGAUCUCCAGGCUUGAGAGGCAACGAGAGAAGCUGGUAUCUCAGAGCAUCGUUCUCUUCCAGGCGGCUUGCAAGGGCUUUCUGUCUCGCCAGGAAUUCAAGAAGUUGAAGAUUCGCCGACUGGCUGCGCAGUGCAUCCAGAAGAAUGUGGCUGUGUUCCUCGCAGUCAAGGACUGGCCAUGGUGGCAGCUCCUUGGUUCCCUCCGGCCCCUACUUAGUGCCACCAUUGGAAAUGAGCAGCUCCGAGCCAAGGAGGAGGAGCUUACAACGCUAAGACGGAAGCUAGAAAAAUCAGAGAAGCUGCGGAAUGAACUCCGGCAGAAUACAGAUCUGCUAGAAAGCAAGAUUGCUGACUUGACCACUGAGCUGGCUGAUGAGCGCUUCAAAGGUGAUGUGGCCUGCCAGGUGCUGGAGAGUGAGCGGGCAGAGCGGCUACAGGCCUUCCGGGAGGUCCAGGAGCUCAAGAGCAAGCAUGAACAAGUCCAGAAAAAAUUGGGAGACGUGAAUAAACAGCUGGAAGAAGCCCAGCAGAAAAUUCAGCUGAAUGACUUGGAAAGGAAUCCUGCCGGAGGAGCAGACGAGUGGCAAAUGCGCUUCGACUGUGCUCAGAUGGAGAACGAGUUCCUCAGAAAGCGUCUGCAGCAAUGCGAGGAGAGGCUGAACUUGGAGCUGACAGCCAGGAAAGAGCUGGAGCAAAAGCUCGGGGAGCUGCGAAGUGCUUAUGAUGGGGCCAAGAAGAUGGCUCACCAACUGAAGAGGAAGUGCCACCAUCUUACCUGUGACCUGGAGGACACCCGCGUCCUGCUAGAGAACCAACAAAGUCGAAACCAUGAGCUGGAGAAGAAGCAGAAGAAGUUUGACCUGCAGCUGGCCCAGGCCCUAGGUGAGUCUGUGUUUGAGAAGGGUCUCCGUGAGAAAGUGACCCAGGAGAACACCAGUGUCCGGUGGGAGCUAGGCCAGCUUCAGCAGCAGUUGAAGCAAAAGGAGCAGGAAGCCUCGCAGCUGAAGCAGGAGGUGGAGAUGCUACAGGACCAUAAACGAGAGCUGCUGGGGUCACCCUCUCUGGGGGAAAAUUGUGUUGCUGGCUUGAAGGAGAGGCUCUGGAAGUUGGAAUCCAGUGCCGUGGAGCAACAGAAAGUCCAGAGCCAGCAGGAAAACACCAUCAAGCAGCUGGAGCAGCUCCGCCAGCGGUUUGAGCUGGAGAUCGAGCGGAUGAAGCAGAUGCACCAGAAGGACCGUGAGGACCAGGAGGAGGAACUGGAGGAUGUCCGUCAGUCCUGCCAGAAGCGGCUCCGUCAGCUGGAAAUGCAGCUGGAGCAAGAAUAUGAAGAGAAGCAGAUGGUCCUCCAUGAGAAGCAAGAUUUGGAAGGCUUGAUCGGAACCCUCUGUGACCAGAUUGGCCAUCGGGACUUUGACGUGGAGAAGCGACUUCGGAGAGACCUCAGGAGGACACAUGCACUGUUGUCAGACGUGCAGCUCCUUCUCGGCACCAUGGAGGAUGGCAAGACAUCAGUCAGCAAGGAGGAGCUGGAGAAAGUGCACAGCCAGCUGGAGCAGAGUGAAGCCAAGUGUGAGGAGGCCUUGAAGACCCAGAAGGUGCUCACAGCGGACCUGGAGAGCAUGCACAGCGAGCUGGAGAACAUGACGCGAAACAAGAGCCUGGUGGAUAAGCAGCUGUACAGGCUGCAGUUUGAGAAGACGGACCUCCUGAAGCGCAUUGAUGAGGACCAGGAUGACCUGAAUGAGCUGAUGCAGAAGCACAAGGACCUCAUUGCUCAGUCUGCUGCUGACAUUGGGCAGAUCCAAGAACUGCAGCUGCAGCUGGAGGAAGCCAAGAAGGAGAAGCACAAGCUUCAAGAACAACUGCAGGUGGCUCAGAUGCGCAUCGAGUACCUGGAGCAGUCCACUGUGGAUCGAGCCAUUGUCAGCAGGCAGGAGGCAGUCAUCUGUGACCUGGAGAACAAGACUGAGUUCCAGAAGGUGCAGAUUAAGAGAUUUGAGGUCCUGGUGAUCCGGCUUCGGGACAGCCUGAUCAAGAUGGGGGAGGAGCUUUCACAGGCGGCCACGUCGGAGUCCCAGCAGCGGGAGAGCAGCCAGUACUACCAGCGGCGGCUGGAGGAGCUGAAGGCCGACAUGGAAGAGCUGGUGCAGCGGGAGGCGGAGGCCAGCCGGCGGUGCAUGGAGCUGGAGAAGUAUGUGGAGGAACUUGGGACAGUGAGGCAGACCCUCCAGACAGACCUGGAGACGUCCAUUCGGCGGAUUGCUGACCUGCAGGCAGCCUUGGAAGAAGUGGCAUCCAGCGACAGUGAUACUGAGAGUGUCCAGACGGCAGUGGAUUGUGGCAGCAGUGGCAAAAAAGAGAUGGAUAACGUCUCCAUCCUCAGCUCCCAGCCAGAGGGCAGCCUGCAGUCCUGGUUGAGUUGUACUCUGUCCAUGGCCACAGAUACUGUGAGGACUCCUUCUCGACAGUCAGCCACCAGCAGCCGCAUCCUCAGCCCCAGGAUAAAUGAGGAGGCUGGGGACGCUGAGAGGACCCAAUCGGCACUGAGCAGAGCCUGGUCCGCAGAUGUCCGCAGCAAGACCUCGGGAGACAAGCCUGUUUCUCCCCACUUCGUCCGCCGGCAAAAGUACUGUCAUUUUGGGGACGGCGAAGGGCUUGCCGUCCAGAGAAAGUCCACAGAGAGAUUAGAAGCUGCGUCCUCUCCCCUGGCUUCUCGGAGUACAAAUACAUCCCCGCUAUCGAGGGAAAAGCUGCCCAGUCCUUCAGCGGCCCUCUCGGAGUUCGUGGAAGGGCUCCGGAGGAAGAGAGCCCAGAGAGGCCAGGGGUCCACGCUGGGCCUGGAGGACUGGCCCACUCUCCCCAUUUAUCAGACGACUGGGGCUUCCACACUAAGGAGGGGCAGGGCUGGCAGUGACGAGGGAAACCUCUCGUUGAGGGUUGGGGCAAAGUCACCCCUGGAAAUCGAAGGGGCCGCUGGUGGUCUCUUGAGGUCCACCAGCCUCAAAUGCAUCUCUUCAGAUGGUGUCGGGGGCACGACCCUACUCCCCGAGAAGGCGAAGACCCGAUUCAGUUCCUGCGAGUCCCUCUUAGAAUCCAGACCGAGCAUGGGGAGAAAACUGAGCUCCCCGACCGCACCCAGGGACAUGCUGUUGUCACCCACACUGCGUCCUCGGAGGCGGUGUCUGGAGUCCUCUGUGGACGAUGCGGGCUGUCCAGACCUUGGAAAGGAGCCGCUCGUUUUCCAGAACCGCCAGUUUGCCCACCUGAUGGAGGAACCUCUAGGCAGUGACCCCUUCAGCUGGAAACUCCCAAGCCUCGACUACGAACGCAAGACCAAAGUGGACUUCGAUGACUUCCUCCCAGCUAUCCGGAAGCCCCAGACGCCUACAUCCUUGGCCGGAGCAGCCAAAGGUGGGCAAGACGGUUCACAGCGUUCAAGUGUCCACUUUGAGACGAAAGAGGCUGAUCGUUCCUUUCUCUCGGGGAUCAAGACCAUUUUGAAAAAGAGCCCAGAGCCCAAGGAGGAUCCUGCUCACCUGUCCGACUCGUCCUCAUCCUCCAGCUCCAUCGUGUCCUUCAAAAGUGCUGACAGCAUCAAAAGUCGACCAGGAAUCCAACGACUUGCGGGUGACGGUGGUGAGGGAACGUCCCCCGAGCACAGAGAGCCAGGGGCAGGGAGGAAAGACGACGAUGUUGCAAGCAUAAUGAAAAAAUAUCUCCAGAAGUAGACAUCAGUUCAGCCUCCUUGAAGCUGCCCUUCAAGACUUCCCAACUCUACAAUAACCUGGAGACAGAGAGACUGGCCAGGCCUCCCCAGUGGCCAAAGCCAGCCAGCACGGUCACCCUCAAGAGACAAGACGGGCCCACAAAGGCAAAUCUUGCGGGGAUGCUGGGCUCCCAGUGUGAUUGGCCUGAACAAAAUAAAGUGUUGACUCCUGGGCA